AUGGAUGAAAGGAUGCUGGAUGCUAUAUGUGAGAGGCUGAAACCUGCGUUGUCUGCUGAAGGCACAUUUCUUUUCCGUGAAGGUGACCUUGUCAAUGAGAUGCUUUUCAUAAUCCGUGGUAAUCUUGAUUCUUACACAACCAAUGAUGGUCGUACUGGAUUUUUCAAUUCUUGCCGUAUUGGUCCUGGUGAUUUUUGUGGUGAGGAAUUGCUGACAUGGGCUUUAGAUCCAAGGCCAUGUAUCAUCCUUCCAUCAUCUACUCGCACUGUCAAGGCCAUUUCAGAAGUCGAGGCAUUUGCACUGAGAGCAGAAGAGAAGACUACACAGCAAGCAACUAAGACAGAAAUUUAG